UGUGCUUGGCGGUAUAAAAGACCGCGUAUCUUGAGACUUUGGCACUUGCUACAUUGAACAGCUACGAUACACUAAGUCUGAGAGAACUGCUAUUUCUAAACUGAUCAAAUUCAUCGAAUACGCUCAACAAAGAUCGAGUUCACCAAUCUCACGCCAUGUCAUAUGGGCAGAGCUUGGUGGCUUCUCUCCAGCAAACCAUCCAAAGGCUGGAGAGGGAAAGCGCCAAACUGGAAAAGACCCUCGCAUCGAACGAGCGAAACUCCACCUGCAUCCGUCAUGCCAACACCAACCUACAAUUGGAAAUCAAGAAGUUGACACCAAGGGUGAAUGCGAUCAGGUGUAAGCGCGAGGAGCUGCGCCAGUGGCGUUUGGAUAUGGAGGAAAGCUCAAAAACGCGCGAACAAAUGCAAACCCGAGUAGAAGACCUUCAGCAGAAGAAUUCUGACCUCCACGACAAGCUGGAGUCUCUGCAGGGGGACAUGUCAGCGCUCAGGAGGGACCGUCAGGCUGAUAAAGAGGACAUCACGUCUCUCCGUCGCCUCAAGAAUGGCCUUGAGCGCGAGAUGGAGCUGGGAGAAUGGUGUCUUCUUCAGCAGGACGAGUUGAUGGAGCGGAAAAAUGCUGCUACUCAGGAGCUGAUCUCGGCCGUCCAUGAGUACUCAGAGCACAUCGACUCGCUGACCGAGAGAAAGGCUGAACUGGAGCUUGAGAUGAAGAGCGCAACGGAGAAAUACCAAGCACCUGUCCAAAAGCCUCGUACCUUGUAUGAGGAAUUGGAAGAAGCCAUGCGCCGUGAAGAGGCAACACCCGUGGCCUCCGAAAUUGCUCCUGCAGCACCUUUGACGGACCCAGUCCACGAGGCUACACCUGAGAAACCUGUGGCUUCUGAAAGUGUCCCUGAUGGAUCAGUGGUGGAUGAUGGUCACUAUUGCAGAAGGCCAGCUCUCCUGAAUGCCGUCCGCUUGCCAGCCCUCCUGAACAGCUUCCGCAUGCCAGCUUUCCUAAACAGCUUCCGCAUGCCAGCUGUCCUGAAAGGCUUCAGCAUGUCAGCUCUGGAUGGAUACGGGAUUCCAACUCUCAUCAAUGGGAUCAGCUUCAGUCUGGGCUUCUGGUUCACCAUCUACUUCUUCCUGAUGCUGGUGACCACCUUCAUCAUGCCCCAGUGCCACGCUGGUGGACGGCUGGAGUGCCGGGACCUGCUGACCCAGGCUCUGCCCAGCGCGAUGAAACCAUACUCCCAAGUGACCUACUUGCGUCCACCACCCUUCUGAUGGUCACUCCCAGUGGACAUAUAGUGGGCAGGCAUUUACGGAUUUGGACUUAUUGGAUUUAUCGGACUUGGCUUUUACUGGAUUUAUAUUGGACUCAUAGUUUAUUUUUUUAUUAUUGUAUUCAAUGACUUUUAACAGAUUAGCUUCACAUCAGGACAUUUUUCCAAAAUAAAACACACUAAAUUCCA